ACAGCAAAUUACGCGGGAAAUUUGUAAAACUCUUGCAUGAGUUAAACUUUCUUACAAUUUUGAAAUUAAAAACCAUAAUUCAGCCAAAAUAGCUUUACACUACCAAAAAAACGUAAGUUUAUUCUUAGUUAGUUUCAUUUAUCGUGUUUUCGAAGCGAUGUAUCAAAAAUAAUCUGCGCCGUGCCGUUUAAGCAGCAACACUGCUGCCAGUAAGCACGUAUAAUUUUAUACACAUGUAGGUCAAUGAAAAAAAUGGCUUAGCAUCGAUGUAAGCUCGUAUGUAUCGUGGCAAGAAUCAUAUUUAUAAUUUAAAUGGCCUUCAGUGAUUUGUGUCACAUAGGGAAUGCGUACAAAACAGUCGAAAAUGAAUCAGACCAGUCAGAACGCAUUAUGGAGGAGAACUCGAUUGUACGAGACCUCAUCACAAAGAUCCUUGAUGAAUCUGUACCCACAGAAGGCGGCAGCACUGCACAAUCAUCGGAAAAAAGUUUAAAUAGCUUACAACAGAAUUAUCAGAAGAACGAAACGGGGAGCCCGUCGUACGCAUCGCCUUCGUAUUACCAGAACAAUUUGUAUUUCAAUCAGAACGAACAAAACGGCUUCAACAAUUUCAAUAUUCAGAACGGUUUCGGUGGUAACAAUGGUUUCGUCAAUUACGCGGACAACGACGUUAAUCUACUCGGUCUGGAGCCGGUCCCUGACGCAGGCCCAGAUGCGGUCACCCCUGAGCAGCUGAACCUUCUGAGGCUGGCCGCACAGGAAAUCGGAGGAGCACAGUUCACAAGCCCUAACGCUUUCGAUGACAAAUUCUAUAACUUCUUCGAGCCCAGCCAAAGAAACUCCCUGCCCGAUACCAAUAUGUUUCAAGUCAACGAUUACAGUCGACCGAACAGUUUGAACUUGGACAUGAGCCUGAACGCAAAUUACGAUUAUAACAAUCAGAGAUACCCGAACUAUAAAGACCAGAGUCAAGAUCCGACGCAAAUAUUGCAGUAUCUGAACCAAUUGAACAUAUCCUUGGACCGAAAUAGAGAAGAAAGCGCAGUUAAUAACAUGGAUUUCAAGAUGCCAAUGGAUUUAAACGGUCCAUAUCAGCAUGAGCAGUUCAAUAAGCCGGCGGACGAUAAAAUGUUCUAUAGGGGCUACCAACAGCCGCCGCCGAAUAAGAGUUUUGGCGACAAUUUCUAUGACGUAAUGCCGAUGAGUGACCGAAGCCCACUGACCCAGGGCUUCGACUACACGAACCAGACGCCAACCGGUGUCAACUACAACACUAACGUCUUCAACCAGAAUGACUUCAUGCAGAGGCGCGACAUGAACGCAUUCCCGAGUAAUGGCGUAAUAAACGAACAGAGAAACAGUUUUGAGAAUAUAGGGAGGGAGAAUAACAUGCAGCAAGCGUCGGUCGUGCGGCAGAACCAGGAGCUAGCGCGGCAGAUGAGCCUCCUGAUGCGGACCCGGCCUCCGCCCAACCAGCUCAAUGUGGACGUCUCGUUUCUGCACGACAACGCACCUUACAAUAUCGGUCUCGGAGCCCUGUUAGGCGCGAGUCCAUCCGUCCCGCCUCCAGUGUUGCCAUCACCAAUGUUGGAUUUACCGCUUUUGGCACCGUUCUACGCAAUGAGAAAUAUGAGGGGCGGCGCGUCGUCGUCGUCGCUGCUGCACGCGCGGCUGGAGGCGUGCUACGAGCAGUGGCGCCAGCUGGAGCGCGAGCGGAAGCGCACGGAGGCCCGCCUGGCGCUCGCCUACCCCGGCCGCGCCGUCUCCUCCUCCAACUCCAUCCCCGUGCCGCGCCUGCCGCCCUGCCCCACCAGGGUCGACAGGCUCACCGUCGACAUGCUCCGGGAGCACACCAAGGUGCUGACGCUUAUGGGCAAGAUGGAAACGUUAAGAGCGAGCGUUUGUGCGAAUCACAAGAAGAACAAACCGGACGACACAAAGAUAACGGUGUUGAAGAGGGGACAAGAGAACGUGGUCAGUGAGAAGCAGAAGGAGAAGGAGACCGGCUGCGACCCGGCCACCUUCGAUCCCUCCACUUGGAGAGACGAUAUCAAGAAUUUAGCUGAGAUCGCGCCGCACGGAGAGGUGGAGAGCGCCAUGGUGGCGUGGCGCAGCGCCGUGGGAGGCGUGCAGGCCGCGCGCCGCCGCGAGCUCGCCCAGCCGCAGCGCGCGCGCCCCGACCCGAUCCUGCAGCUGGCGGAGGCGGUGAAGCAGCUGUGCGCAUGCGCGCGGCGGGCCCGCUGCGCCAUGUGGUGCGACCUCACGCUCACCGUGGCGCUGGCGCCACACCACGCGCGGAGUGAAGCAUCUCAACCCGCCUCCCAACAAGCGUCGCCAUCCAAACAAGCACCGGACCUCUCAAACCCUCCGAGUGUCUCCACCCAGGCAGCUCCGAAGCAGUCCACUGAAGUCAAAGAGGGAACCCCGUCCGCCGUCGAACCAAAGCCGGAACCUAAGCCGGACGCGACCAAAGUUCCGAACAAACCAGCCGACAAGCAAGACAAGAGCCGCCGCGCCCAGUACCGCAAGGUCAACCGCGGCGACCUCUACGCCAAGAGCCAGAGGUACGACGCGAGGUUCGUGCCGAACAGACACCCGUACCACUACCUGGCCACCGGACCCAUUAAUUAAUCGAUAAUAUAAAAUCGAUUUUCGAAACCGCUGCCUCUCGAUACGAAUGCGUACGAUAAACCUUACAAACUAAUUAAUCGAUAAUAUAAAAUCGAUUUCCGAAACCGCUGCAUCUCGAUACGAAUGCGUCCGAUAAACCUUACAACGAACACUCGAUUAUCGAUAGCACGCGUCCGUAUCGAUUAAUUAAAACGAUAACCGACGUCUCUAGUAUGACGUAUCGGCGAUCGUUUUUUAAAAUUCCAUUUCCGUUUUUAAACAAAAUACAAUUUACUUAAAAUUGUUUUUUUUUUUAAUUAACAUUCGUUGUAUUGAAUCGCAUAUCGUUAUUAAAAAAAAAAUUAUCUUCUACCCGCUGUAUAGGUGUUUAAUGUUAUUCUGCUCAAAAACUAUGACAAUUUCAAAAUUGAAUUGUAUAGGAGACGCACUUUUAUUUUGAAUAAUACGCAUAAUGGUUGUAUAUCGCCUUUAUAUGUAAGCCUAAUGUUUUUAACGUUUGAGGGAUUGUUGCAAUCUUCGAUGUCAUAUCAAGAUAUUAUAUUUAUUGAGAAGAAAAAGAAUGAAUGAAAGAAAUGUGAAAAAAAAAACAGGAAACUCCGCUAAGCAAUUUCUAAAAAAAUUUUUAUUAUUAUUAAUGCAUUUAAAGUACACACAAUUAAAAAACGAUUGUACGCUUUUAUUGAAACAAUAUUAAUUGUUUAAUGUUCCUCGAUAGAUUAAUUAAAGUAUUAUAAAAGUCUUGAAUCUCGCUUCGGGCAUAGUUUAUUAUGCGAAGUUCGCAGCUAUUUAUGUAAAACUUGUGUACAAUAAUGAUAAUGGAUUCUCAGGUGAGCGAGAGGUGUAUUCGUAAAGACUAAGGCGGGACAUACAAGAGACCAUAAUAUAUUUGUACUUGAGAAAUAUUAAUAUAUUAAUUGUAGGUUAAUUAGGCUGUUUGUGUCACGGUGUUUUUUUUUUUGUUUUUUUUUUUUUUUUUAAUUACAAUACGUGCUUUUGUUUGGAUUAUCGUAAUGGCCGGUCGUCUGAAUGUGACUUGCCAAAUAUUGUUUUCGGUGUGAGCUUCAUCAUUGUUAUUCUACGUUGUGCAAAUAUGACCUCAACGAAUUUGUAUCCCGCACCAAUGAUUCUGCGUUCAAAACUGAUGCACAAAUUAUAAUAUUACGAAUUUUAUUAUAUAUAGUAUAAUUAAAGAGUGUAUUUUAUUAGGAAACUAGGCGUGUCCUGUGACUUUACUCGUAAUUUUUUUUAUAUAUUUUUAAAAUAAUGUAUUUCACAUCCGAAACAUCGUGGACUUGCUUUACUGCAUCUAUAGACAGGCCCAAACGAAGACUCGUAUAUUUAAAAUCGUAUCUAUAUCGCUUAGAUGUUUUUUUGAUUCGAAACAUUGAUCUAGUCAAAUAUGUAAAUUAAAAUGCCGACCCGAUACGCAUAAGCUCACACCGAAAGCUGAAGUCGACGGUCUCCGAGAAAGCUGUGAAAGCUCCGCGGCGUGCUCUCGAUACGUGAAUAUUAAAUUAUUUAAUGAUUGGAAUGGUCGACACUAUUUUUUUAAUAUAAUGAAUUUCGUGCAACUCAAGUGUAUGACGAACUUAACUUAGGAUUUUAAGGGUGUUUUUUUUUUGUUUUUUUUUUUCGAUGUAUUCAGUUUUUGUACCGCCGUUGUCUGUGGGACUGCGCCCGGGGACCGCGCCAGGAGGUAGCGUGAGUUUCUACUGAAUUAUACUUGAAAACAAUUUUAGUGGUUAAACAUAAUGACGUCACACAUCUAAAUAUUUUUUUAUCGAUAUUUUUUUUCCCUUCAGAAAACCGUUGAAUGGUUUUUCUCAAAAUCUGCAUUUUGUACUAAGCAACUUUCUACUAAUGAUAGGCUACAUAAUAAUAGUUGGGACUAGUUAACCGAUUUCAAAUAAAAUAAGUUCUCAAUUCGGACGGUAGUUUUAUAUUGAAGAUAUAACGUUUAUUAUUUUUAUUAUAGAUGUGUGAUCGUUUUUAAGUUAUAAUUUCGAUGAAUUUGUAAAAGUCUAGGCUACAAGUUGGAAGAGUCCACAGUCCGCACGGCGUGGCGCGCAAAAUGAAUACAUUUUUAGAGGCGUUUUAUGAAAGCUUAGCAAAGCGGGUAAGGAAUUGAUUACUUGGGGACGAGCCUUAAGUGACAGGUGUGCGCGACUUCGCCCAGUUGUCGAUAGGACAAUGGCCUAAGUUUUGUUAUAAACUUAUAGAUAUAUACAUAUCGACGCUUGAAAGGCAAACGUGACUUAGCGACAAUAAAUGCUUUAUAUAUAAACUAGCGACCCGCCCUCGCUUCGCUUAUUAACUGUAAUUUAUUAUUGAUUUCUCCGCUAUUUAAUGGAUGUUAUUAUACAUAUAAACCUUCCCCUUCAAUCACUCUAUCUAUUAAAAAAAACCGCAUCAAAAUCCGUUGCGUAUUUUAAAGACUUAAGCAUACAUAGGGACAGAGAAAGCGACUUUGUUUUAUACUAUGUAGUGAUGAUAGGCAAUAACCAUAUUUGAUGCGCAAAAAAUAUAUAUCUCUAAGUCUAUUAAAAUCAUUUCAAUCCUACAGCUAGAUUCGUUAAAAUAGAAUUGUUUUCAGGAAUUUCAACUUUAAAUUAGUCUACUGUAAAGUUCACUGGCAUUGUCGCUUAGUCACGUUUGCCUUACAAGCGUCGAUAUAUCUAAUCUGUUAUUAGUACAAUUGUUGUGUUCGCGUGAGUACGUAUGAACCGUUUCGUAGGGUCAUAGAGGAUAACGCGAACUUCGAAUUUUUUUAUCCACAUAUUUAUCGUUGGGUCCUCGGAUUGUUCAAAAAGACAAGAGCGAGUCGUUAGUGGCCAUUUUGUAUUUCAACGAGACGAGCAAUCUCGUUGUGCUUUCGGGAGAGCUUUCGAUAAAAAAAGCUUUAGAAUCAGUUUCGUUGUCUGAACUCUGCACAAAACGUCAGCCGACGGAAUUCGCGAACCAAAUAUAUGAAUAGGCGAUCUUCCACGCGCGUACAUUUAGUAGUUAAGUGAUAAUAACCUUUUGUUUUUAUUUGUUUGAUUAUAUUUUUUUCUUUUUCGCUUUUUUUUUCUUCGUUUUCUAUAAAGCAAUGAACUCGUAUCGAUAAUUAAUAUCGAUAAAGGUUUUACAACCCUAAAUGAAUUUAAUUCGUUUUCGAAACAGUAUAAUUAAUAUGUUUAAUGAAUUUCACACGAACUAUUUCGCAGUUUUAUUUAUUUAUUUAACGAUUUUCGUUAAUAUACAGUGCCUUUUUCGUGCAUGCACAAUAUAGAUAAAUAUAUGUUUUGCUGUAUACGAAAAGAUCCAUAUUAUAAUAUAAAAUUUAUAAAAAACGUUGAAAAUCGAAUAUCUUUCGUCGAGUGUAACUCUGAAGUCAUGUGGGGUUGGGUUUGAAAAACAAAAACAGAAAUGACCUCAUAGCUUGCGUCCGUGUAAAAUGUAGGCAUUUCCGGAAUAAUAUUUAGCGAGUCGCGCGCGGUGAGAAUGUAAUAUAAAUCUGACAAGAUCAUUCAAUUGUAAAUUGGAAUCUUUUCGUUUGCACGAAUUCCAUAACAGCUAAAAAAUGCCAUCUGCAUGACGUCACUUGUGGCCAAAAUAAAUGAGCAGCUAACCGUAAGACUUCACAACGUUGCUACAUUGCGCCGGAUUGCCCGUUUAUAUACAAUCUAAUAAUUGAGUGGAUGAAGGGGUUAAGUACCAUUGUUAAGAUUUUUUAAUUUUUACAUUGUAUUAAGGUGCCUAAAAUAAUAAUAAUAAUUAAUUUGCUACAUAAACUCUUAAAUCUUGACCUAGAAUACUAUUUACAUAUUUAACAAAUUGUGAGGUUACGCAGAUGGCUGUAAAUUCUAUGUGUAUCCUAUGUGCCUAUAUAUCAUAUUAGACCUUAAAACUCCGGGUUUAUAGGCUAUUUUUAAAAAUUGCAUGUGAUAAAGGAGCUAUGUACGAAGAAAAAGUACAAGUAAUAAAAGUUUGAUGCCCGUGUUCUUAAAAUUAACAAAUUGUAUCAUAUCCCCUUCAUCCACUCAUGUUUUCAAUCAUAAGCAGAGGUCGGAGUAGGUAGAUUGAUUUAAGGUCGUUGACGUCAAACGUAGAGGAUAAUAUGGAUAUGCCUCCAAAAUACCGGAACUUCAUAUUUAUUGUGAUAUUUGUACUCCGACCACUAAUCAUAUGUUACAUUAUGUUCGCGUCGCCAACCCCUGGUCGAGGUUCCGUACCGCGUUAAUUAAUUUCUAAAACAUUUAGUACAAUUCGCGCUAGAUUUAAAUCGGUGGAUAACUAAAGUAAAUAUUUAAUUCGUUUUUAUACAAAUAUUGUGCAACAAACGGAUAGCAAAAUAAUUAUUUUUUUUAUAGUUAGUUAAACGAAAUCAUUUGAUAAACCUCGUAUGUAUGUACUGUUUCGUUAUUUUUCUUUUCCAAAUGUUGCCAUACGAACGAAACUAUUUACCUCAUAUCAAUGUUCUUGCAAUACCUAUUAUUAAUAUAUUCUCCGCUUUUUUAUACAACAAAGAAAGACGAAAAAAACGGUACUUUUAAGAUUGCACCGUAGUUAUGAAACUAUUGUUUUGUUUUAGAAAUAAAAAGUGCCUGAGCUUUUAUUAAAUUAAAUUAUCGGCUGCAAUGUUGAAAUAGGAGUUUGAAAGUAUUUUAAAAAUUAUUGUUUUUCAUAUGUCCGGUUUUGACCUUGAAAAUUUCAUUACAUUAAUUGAAUGUGUACGUAUAUAAUACCUACUAUGAUGUAGACUUAAAGGCUUAUGUUGGCAGAUUUUUUCUCAGCAACGUAUCUUAAAUAAAUUUAUUCGAAUGAAGAAGAUCAGGGCGAUGAUCGAUAGAGAUUAUAGCUAAUUUAAACGGUUAUAUCGAAUGUAUGUAUAUAUAAUCCCGUACAAGGUACAAACAAAAUAUUUAAUAUGAAUACUAUAUACUAUAUUUAUAUACAUAACGGGACUGAUACAGCAACUCAACAAACUGUAUGAAAAUUUAAAGAAGAAUAACUAGAUGAUAACCGAGCUUUACUCGGUAUUUUUUUUACAACGCCAUCUUGUUGUGUCUUUAAAGCAGUUAGUUGCUCUCAAUUAAGAAAAAUAGUAUUAUUAUUCGCCAAUAGAUGUCGGGAAAAGUCAUAAAGUUGAUUAUUGAAAACACGAAAAAAACAACAUUUUCUGAAAAUAAAUCGUAGCUAGAUCGAUUUAUCGCCCCCGAAAUCCCCUGUAUACUAAAUUUUAUGAAAAUCGUUGAAGCCGUUUCCGAGAUUCAGAUUAUAUAUAUGUACAUACCAGAAUUGCUCGUUUAAAGGUAUAAAAUAAUAAUACAAAAUUGAUAGUAUUUGUUAAAAUUACUUCUCGGGUAGUUUUACACGAGAGAUCUGUUAUUAAAUAUGUUUUUAAAAUUUCUAAUAUUUCGGAAGCACAUUCAAUUCUGCAUUGUGGCCGACGAUAAUGAAAUAUCUAUUUAUUUAGUUUCAUAUUUGACAGAUGAAUUUAUUUACAGCUUAUUUUUUUAUGAGACGAAAAUGAAAUUUUAAUAAAUUAAUUAUUUUGUGGCUAUGAAUUAUUGUUUGUUUCAUGUUAGGAUAAAAAUUAUUUAUUAGGUUUAAUGCAGAUGUAAGUCUUAAAAGUGCCACGAUGAACCUACGUAUCGGAACUCGGUCGUAUUUACUGAAGCAUUGUCGUUGAAGCAAAAAAAAAACAUUGAGACAUUUUAUAAUAUGAAAAUAAUUAACGAUUUUAAUCAAUAAUUAAAGUUUCUAAGAUAAAAAUCUGCAUGAACUUCUUCCGAAUGUUGACGAACUUUGACUAGCUGCGAGCUUGCUCUGAAUAUAUUAAAAAUAUAUCCGGAAUCGUGGUACAGUUGACAAAAAAACAACCAUAAAAAAUAUAUUAAUUGUUUUAAAAAAAAUGCGGUUUGGUUAGAUAACUGCAAUGUUCUAUGAUAAUAUAAAAUAUUAAAAGGAAUUAUGAAAAUGAAAAACAAGCAACAUUAGGGACAUAUCGCUAUUUUUUAAAUAUUUGUUUUACUGUUUGCAAUAGCUGACAUGAAGCGCUCACAUUUACUGACUCCUCAGCAUUACGGACAUUUAAAGAAUUCUCAACAGUAAAAUUUAAAAAGCGAGAAUUUUAUUUUACGUUAUACAACAAAAAAUUGCACUUUUCUAAAUUCUUCUUUUUUAUCUGUAAAUGAAACUUUUUUAAAUCAAAGCUCCAGACUUCCAAGGCUUUAAACGAAGUCAAUGUUUCAGUGAAUACUGCACUCACAAGGGUAGCCGUUGAAAAUGUUUUUUUUUAGCUCAAAACAUUGUUCCUUCCGUCCAUAUCGGAAUUUCCGCAUAGUAUUUUAUAAGCUUCCCCUAUCGUCGCAUUUAUAACCCAAAAAUAUCAGUGCUAUGCUUUUUCAAUAAAAUAAGUUAAAAAGUAUAUGAUAAAAAGAAAUAUAUAUAUGUGUGUGUACAUUUAUUAUAUUUAAAUAAAGUUGUUUCUGAAUUUCUAUGUGACCAACGCUUAUAACAGCAUAUCUCUUAAGAAUUAUCGUGUGAUAUAUAACCUAAAUAUUAAAUUAUAAAAUGUUGUCCUUUUUAAUUAUUAUUAGUCGUUUUAGGUACGUCAAAGGAUUUUUCGAAAAAAAAAAUAUAUAUAAAAAAAAUGAAAAAAAAAUAAUACCAAAUCUUAUUCAGUACUUAAGUUCUAAGUGUAAUUGUUUAGUGAAUGCUUAUCGGUUAUAUGAGUGUUCUAAAGCUGGGUUCACAAGACACGGACUUGUGUUUGUACUACGCGAAUUAAAUGAAAUAUUAAACGUUGCUUAAAAAGGGGAUUAGCGAGCAUCGGUUCCGGGUAACUAUCCAUAAUGGGCGGUUAACUGAUUCACCGAUUUUAAUUAAUUUCCAUAAAAUAAUUAUUUUCUAGCAAACUGUAUAAAGAAAAAAAAAUCACUUCGUAAACAUUUCAAAUCUUCUAAUCACGAUUAAACUUAAACUCUUAAAGUCUUUAAGAACAUUCUUUUGAAAUUUUAUUUCCUGAAACAAAACCAUUCAAAAACUUGAAUAAGCCCACCAAAAAUACAUAAAUAAAAUAAAUAAAAACUUUCACACUAAUGUUAUUUUUACUCAUUUUAAAAAUAAAUAAAAAUGUACUUUGCAACCCUUACACAUUCUAAUAUUACUUUUUUUCAAUAGUAAUUUAUUACCUAUUUCAUCUACAUUCUUGCGAAUAAUAUUCAACGGGUACAUUUAAUAUAUAGAGGGGUGAAAGGGUAUUUGGUUUAAAUGACACUUCGCUUAAUACGCGACAUUUAUCUCUAUAAUUAAAGGGCCAUUUUAUUUGGCAUAAAUAACAAUAAUUCGAUAUUUUUAAUUGAACUUCAAUUAAGUUUACUCUAUCGAAAUAGCUGAAGAAGUUUUUUUUUGUUAUGAUAUUUUUUUCUAAAUUUUCAUCUUUACGUAGCUCUCCUGUAAAGUUGCAAAAAUGUAGCACAAACCUUUCAUCCCUCGAUAUAUUUUAUCAAAUAUGCACAACCCGUGGCUUGUGAGUUCAGCGGUGACGUAGCAGACGUCAGAUAUUUCGUCCUGUCAACGUGUCACUCGAUGUCCCUCUCGUGAAGUAUACAUUCUGUAAGGUGCUAGACAGAGUUUAGAUUUAGAUCUACACCCUUGUCGGAUGUAGGCAGUACUCCCUCGACUUGGUACUUCAACGAUCAGAAGCGGCUUCGAACGCUUGUGAAACGUGUUUAAAUUAAUAUUCGUUUUGUUUUGCCGACGGUACCGAAGUCAUUCGUCGUGCUAAAUCGUAACGACCGCUAGAUAUUAGUGAUUUAGAUUAAAACUCGUCGAGUAACUACCUACGUAAAAGUGUUAGUUAUUUUUUAAUUAAAUAUUAUAUAUUUAAAAUAUGUUAGUCAGUGUUUAGAUAAUUCAGAUUGUUAAUAAGAGUAUUUUUUCUUGAAGCCUCCUCUCUGUUAGGGGCGCGGAGUGUUUGAAACUUUCAUUUGUAUUCGCUCCAAAAAUCCUGAAUGUACAAAAUAAUGCACCGCUAGUAUAACCAAGCUAGAUGUAUUCGAUGGGUAUAUAUAUAUAAUUUUUAUUAGCAAGACUGGUUCUUAUGAGUAGCUUUUCGUGAAUAGUUGUUGUGUCCGUCAAACGCAUGUCUCCGAAGGAGUUUGAGUCUUUUAGUUUAGUGGGAAUGUUCCUCCAUGAGCUCCAGCGUUAUCGGAGGGUACCGCGAGACUCGCUCUGCGAAUGUGGAUCAAUGUUAGAGCUUUAUCGAAUUUGAUAAUAAUAUUACUCGUGUAUAUUUAUAUGGUAACCGUCGUAUAGGGUUGUUAGGAACGGAAUUGUUAGAAAACACGCUGCUUAGAUGUUUAUUGUCGCGGCAAUUGUCUCUGUAGUUUCGAAAUUUUAGUGUUCGUUGAGGUUUUUUUUAAAUAUAAACGCUAGUUGUUUAGUCUAGUUCACGGAGUCCUCGUGAUUCGGUCAAUUUAGUUGUUGAAGAAAAGGUUCUGAAGCUUAACGAGUUUAAUAUGGUGAAUGUUAUUAUUGUUAAAGUUGACGAUGACUUUAAGAAUUCUCUUUCAGAACAAAACGAUAAUUAUUUUUUUAGGGUUAAAUCUAGGUGUCCUUUCGUCGUCGUUCGGAUGUUGAUCGUUAACAGGCCUACUGUUAGUGUACAUGUCCGACGCCAUUUUGGAAGCGUGUGAUGUAGUUCGCGUGGCGUCCGCUAGGCGCGCUCGGGUCGCGCGUUGGCGGGCCGACGCUCUUUUCGCCACAAAUGCGCACGCACAAACGAAUACUCUUAAUCUUUUUAAUAAAAUCGGUCUAUUAAUAUUGUUUUCGUCAAAAAGGGUAUGGCUCUAUUGUAGAUACGUAUGUUUUCUAUUUAAUAUUAGUUCCGUAGUAUUUGUAGUCGCAUGUGUGACAAUAACGGUGUUUUUAGUCCUUUUUAGGUACAUUGUGAUAUAGAUGAGCCGCUGCGCUACCAUGUUUUGUUUCUUUAACUCUAUUAGAAUUAGGUUUUAUAGCUAAAAAGCCUUGGGGGGCGUUUUUUUUUUUUUUUUAAAUACAUGUAAGGAAACAAAAUCGUCGAAGCCAUAGUUUUAGAACGCAUAGGAUAUACUAAUAUUUUUGCUACGCGUCGUUAAGUAAUAGUUCUGUCCAAUACGAUAAUACACGGAUAGUGUGUUGUUUUUAUUUUAUAUCUGAGAGCGAGGACCGACCCGCCGAUGUCGGAUUUUGUAUACGCAUUAUGAAGCUACACGGAUUUGAGUUCAGCCAGUUCCUCUUAAUUCUAUUUGAAAACGAAUAUUGUCUUCAGUAUUUAUAUAAAAAUCUUUGGAAACGUAUAUUUAAUUUGUAUUUUGUAUCUCGUACCUGCACAAGAAACUAAUAAUUAAAGUUGAUGAAUUAACUUAGAAUAUUAAUGCCAACUAUGGUAUAGGUCAACAUUUGUGUGUCUGUGUAUAACAUUGGCCCUGUAUCACUAUGUUUUUAGCUGUUUUUUCCGAGUGAUAUAUGCUAUGGAAUGUGCUCAUGAGUGUUCACAGUCGAGAGCUUGUUAACAAUGUAUGUGUCUCAUAACAUUCUUAUUAUAUGUACGUAGUUCAGUACAUAAGCUGUUUGCACUUAAAUCGCAAGCUUGUGUGUCAGCUGACAAGCAUAUUCUAUAUACACAAGAGUAGCCUCCGGUAUCCAACAACGUGCUAUAAUAAUAAAAUCUAGUGGUAAAAAUCAUUUUAAUUCAAGUUUUAAUACUGUUUGGAUACAAAUAUUCAACUACACCUUUCUUAUGAAUUAUCUACCGUAUAAGUAAAAACAUUGAUUCUAAAAUGCCAUGACUGUUAAUGAUUUUAAUGUUUGAUUAAAAUUUUAACGCUGUAUGUUAAGUCUAAAAAAUUGUAUAUGGAAAUGAAAAAAAACACAUUCGGUUGAUGAUAACUAGAGACCAACUCAUAAGAAUUUAUUAAAGUAAAAAAGUAAAGUUCUGCAGAUAAAAAUAAGAAAAUAAAUAUAAUAAGGUUUCAUCUGCAAACACAUAGACUAUGUGUAUUAUAUUAUAAUAUUUACACAAAAUUUUAAUUCUGUACCAUAGAAUAAUGUUUGAAUAUGUUCACCAUCAAAUCAGAUUGGUAAAAGUUGUACUGAACUACUUCGUCUGUAAACAUCGAUUCUAUACUAUUGAUUAACAAAAAUUCAAUUUAAAGAAGAUUAAUCUCCCGUUUAUCUUUCGGUGAAAUUUGAAAUGUUAGAAACACUAAAAUGUGAAAUAUUUUAAAACAAUGAUCAUACAAUUUAAUACUGUAUAAUUAAAAAAUCCUAGGUCAUGUGGCCUCUUUGAAAGAAAUGGAUGCGAUAACAUUUUUGCAAUUUUUUAAUAUAAAAACCAAUACCUUUAAUUGGUAUUGAACACCUCUAUUUUUAUUAUAAUAAGAAUAUGGAUUUUUUUAUGAUUUUUAGUGUUUAAAAUGAAUUUAAAUAUAGGUAUUUCAGAAGGUAAAUACUGCUAAUAAUAAUAUAUAUCCUUUCUUUAUUCUUGACAUUUGUUAUAUAUAAAAAAUACAGUAAAAAAGAUGCAUCAAUGUUUUUACUGGUACAGUAAUUAAAAUACAUUUUACAAAAAAAUAAUUAUAAACAUUUUUUUAUGCUUGACUCUUUGACUCUAGAUGUGUAAUUUACAAACAUGUCGUACAGACAAACGCCCAGUUUGCUUAUAGGCAGUGUUUUUUUUUUUUUAUGAAAGCAACUCUGGAACUCAAAAGAAAAAUAAAAAUUUAAAUAAUAAAUGUCUCCACAAGAAUCCACUGAGCUCCUCUGAAUUAAACUCAACUGAAUAUGUGAAGUCUUGUCGAAGCUCACUAAGUAAUAUUUAAUUAAUCUAGUUAACAUUACGAACCGUACAGAAAUUAACGAAUUUUAACCAAAUCUAAAGUAGCUAUAUAAUAGUUAAUAAUUCCUCGUUUUUUAUACAUUUAAAAGUAAAUGAAAAAAAACUAUUUUACACUUUUAAUGAACUUCAAAUUAUUGAUAUUAUAUUAAUAAUAAUAUAUUCAGACACGUUUUCCAAUAAAUUUGUUAAUGUAUGUAUUUUUAGACGAAGUCAAAUAAAGAGGAGGUACUAAGUUUAGUCAUAUUUGCUUAAAUUAAAUGUAAGGUAUUAUUGAAAGAGUCUUUAUUUUUCAAUGAUAAUUUUGUAAUUUUAAUUUUGUAUUUACAAACAAAUAAUGAUGAUUUGUUAGAAGCAUUUCUUUUUUAAAACAUAUAAUUUUAACAUUGCCAAUGUUCUUAAUGACCACUGUGAAAUUUUAUGUACUGCGCACAGAACAACAAUGUUACAAAAUUAUAAAUAUGAUUUCAUAUAAAUUGAAAUAAUUUUUUUUAUAGACUUAAUUGUUUUUUUGAGAGUUUCAAAAGAGAAGGUAUUCAAAACUGCGAAUGUGUGUACAAAAACAUUUAUUUCCAAUAGGUCGUCACAUUCAAUAACUCUGACAGUAUUUUCUUUAAACUACUGAAGUUUUAUCAAACAUUAAAAAAAAACAAUUAUUAAUUCUCUCUUCUUCUUCUCGCUUCUCUCAUUGAAACAAAUUUACAAUAAGUUGGAUGAGUAAAAUGUGUUAAUUAAACGCGAAUUCUGACUAGAUUUGUCUUGAUCACGAAAUUAUCUUUACGUGAUUUAGAGAGAGCGAAAGAGAGAAAGAGAGAGAGAGAGCAAUAGAACGUUUUAGAAGCUCUGACACAAACUCAGUCAUGGCAGAAGGCGAAUGUUCUUCAAUAAAGCACACACACACUAUAUUCAACUAGUGAAAGGCUAAUUAAUUGGUUUAAGCGAAGUUUUUACAACUUUACAUGAGAGCUAUUUAAAGCUUAAAAUUUGGAAAAGCAUAUCAUGACAAAAACUUCUUAUACUAUUCGAAUGGAGUAAACAUAAUUGAAGUUCAGUUAAAAACAUCGAACUGUUGAUGCUGAUACCAAAUAAAACGGACCUUUAAUUGAAUAUGCAAUUUCGAAAAGGGUACAUGUCGCAUAAUUUGUCAAAUACGUCUUUUCAUAUACAUGUAGUUUUGAGGCUUACCUACACCCAUUUUAUAAUAAUUCCAGUAAUUUUCAAUUGCUAAUUAACCCUAAAAUAUAUCUCAAAAGUAAAUAUUUUAAAUUUUACACUGCUUUAGAAAAUAAUCAGUUUUAUUUCAUUUCCUAAACACUUUACAUUUUCAGAGAUGUGCCCUUUUCGAAAUUGCAUAUUCAAUUACAAAGAUAAAUGUCGUUCAAACCAAAUACCCCUCGAUAUAUAUUUAUAUAAAUAUAAUGGAUACUAUGUACUUCAUCAUUCGCAAUUUUGACUACUAAUCGAAAUAUAAAUGAUUUUUUAUGCAAACAGUACAAAAUACAGUUCCGUACAUAAACACGUUCUAACGAAUUGAGAAUUCAAUUAUGUUCUUGUUUUGUACGACUUAUUCGUUUAUUGUUGAUUAUUAUGAUGGUUUUUUGUUUUAAGCAUGCUUUAUUUUUAUUCGCCACCACUGUGUUUAUAGUGAAAAGUUUUAAUAUAAUUUAAAAUAUAUAAAUAUAUUAUUAUUUAAAAAAAAACAAACAUGUAAUAAUAGUUCUAUGGCUAAUUUCGUUUCAUUUUAAAAAUGUCUUCAGAUCUGGCCGUACGUGUAAAUUUGUUUUAACAUUCGUAGUUUGUAAUGGCAAUAGCUGAUUUUAAUUUUAUCGACAAGUCAAUGUUUCGCUGCAAGGGAAAACGAUCUUACAAAACGUGCUAAGCGCCGUCGUUAAGGACGAAAAUCGUCUGCACUUUGACUUGUGUAAUGUUCAGUUGGAGACGUUCCCACGGCGCAUGCGUCGUCGCCGGGAUCCGAUAUCGAAUUUGAUGAGCUUAUUAAAUAAAACAUGUUAUAAUAUUCGAGUUGAUGGGAAAAGCCAUUGUUGUGUUUUUUUUUUUAUCUCGCGUAACGCCGAGUGCUAUAUCGAUAGUGUACCGUAGAUUGGAGGGAAUAAGGACUAGAGGUAGAAUAGAGACGAAUCAGGGUUGUCACAAUGCUUUUGUGAGAUUUAAUUUUCUUGAAUAGGCAAUGACUUUUAUUUAGUGUUUAAGAAUAUUAAAUAGUUUAAUUUAAGUCAUCAGAGUUUUGUAACUGAUUAAAAGUUCAUUGAAAAGUUAAUUGCCUAAAGGUAACCUACCUAACAACUAAACAGUGCCAGCCCUAUCGAAAAACUCUAUUAUUCCCAUGCGUGACCCGAUUCACCCCAAAGCCAAGGUAAAUCAGGUCAACCCGGUUUUUUCUGGUUUUUGUGUAUAUUUUUCAAUUUAAUCCUCCGAAACCAUUUUAAUCUCAACUUUAUUGGUAUUAAAAAAACCCUCUGAAAAUUUGUGUUUGAAUUCGAAAGCGUCUGGAUUCCCCCCAAUCUACUAUACUUCAUUAUUAAAGUUCUACUUAUAAAUGAAACGACACGUGUUGAUGUCUCGCUCGCACGCUGUACGUAUGAGCGAGAGAAGUACAGUAAGUACGAUGCUUAAAAAGUAAUUUAUUAGUACUAUUUUGAUAAGAUGCCAAUAUAGAUUUCGCAUUGGACCAAGGAAUAAAUGUAAAUUUGAUAAGUGUAGCUCACUUCACUCGCUGACGGUACGUAUUGUAGGGUUUUAUAAUGAAAAUUUUAAAAAAAUAUGGGAGAGCGGGUAGGCGGAAUAUUAAUUUAAUACAAAUCGAACUGGGAAAGGUUAUUUAAUUAAUUAUUAUAUUACUAUUAAUAUAGAAGUGACAUUUCGGUUAAUAAGCGACAUUCGUCUUUGUAAUGAAAGGUCCAUUUUAUUUGGUAUUAUUUAUUGGUAUUUAUGUGUUGUUGUAUGUUUACCACAUUCAAAUUGCUAAAGAAGUUUUUUUGUUAUGAUAUGUUUUUUUCCAAAAUUUAAAUUUUAAAUGGGUCUCCUGUAUUGUUACAAAAAUGUGGCUUAUAUGUAGCCUUUGACCCGUCGAAAUAAUUACGAAAAUGAGGAAGGAUUGCUUUAAUAAAAUAACAAUUUUGAUAUAAAAAAUCCAAGACUCUUUCCCUGUACGGUUAGUGAAAAUGCAUAUCGAAAAUUUGCCAGCUUUUAAUGUCGUUAGGCCCUGCUAGUUCCUAUACACGUUGCUUUAAUUAUGAAAUGGCAAAUUAAAUUUCCUUACGUCCGUAUUUUAGUGAAUUACAUAAAUUUUAAAUUGACCAAACAGCUCUCCCGGUCUCCCUUCAAAAAUGUUUCUAACUGAGAUAAUGCAGUGCAUAUAUAUAUACAAAUAUUGUUUGUUAUUGUGUUGAUGUAAUGUGUCACUCGCGACGCGUCGGCCUGGCAACUGUAUUUUCUGACUGAUUAAUAUGAAUAUUCUCGCUUUCUCGUCUUUGCUGUUGAUCGUCUAGGUGAUGCCCGUGAACAUCAGUCUAGUUCGGGGCCUAAUAUUCGGUGUUUGCAAAAGAAAAUAUUAUUUAUAUUAUUUAAAAAAUUUAGCAUUUUAUUGACUGUAAUUUUACAUCUUGUAAAUGCAUAUCUUUGUCUCUUUUUAGUGUCGUUUUUUUCGUUUCAUCUAGUUUCAAAAUUCAAAUUCGUGUAAAAAAAACCACAAAACCAAUUAAACAAAUCCUAGGAAUAGAAAUAGGCCUUUUAUUAGUUUGUUAGGUUGGCCGUAACUGGCUAGUAAUUUUAUAUGGGAAAAUACUGAACUAUACGAUCAACAACAGAGUUAGAUGAGUCAUUUAGAUGCUGUUGAGGGGUAAACAAAGUGACGAUGAGUUCGUGCAAAAUCAAUCGAAAGAAAUCAAAAUAAACCUUCGCAGUCAUAUUCCGACUUCCGACGUGAUAUGAUGAACUACGAUCCACCAUUUCCACGUAUUUAAAAUCAAAAUAAUCUUUAAUUGCGUGCGUGUCGGAUAGUUUUCGUUAGAAUUCUGUAUUUUAUUUAUUUAUUUAUUUUAUUAGGCUCACAAUACACAUCACAAGCUAAAGAUACAUAAAAACACACAAAAAAAAAAAGAAACAAAAUCUGGCUUGCAACAUAGGUUAUGUGCGCACGACAAAACAAGACAUAUAGUGCUGAAUUUGUAUAACAACGUUCCUUACAACUAUGACAAAACAACACAAUAAUUGUAAAUGUAUGGAAAGAUUGCGUUCAUGUCCUGAUUUGAUUAUAUCGGGAGCAAGCAAUGUUUAACGUUCUCAAACAUAUAUGUUUGCGGAGUCGAACAACGUGCUUAGUGCGAGUUUUUAACGUUCUCGAUAGCGUAAAAGUUAACUGUUUGUAUGCAGUUGGAACAGCGCCCCUAGCGGCAAACGUAGACAAAACGUUCCGACCCCAUCCAAAGUUAAGUUAACUUUUACGCUAUCGAGAACGUUAAAAAACUCUCACUAAGAACACUGUUUACAAUUUUACGUAACAAAAUUUUAAUGUGAUAUUACAAUCGUUCGUUUUUGCACGUGUCCACCGUCACGCGAGAAUUAGUGAAAAAAUUUAUUAUCGAAUAAGCCAUUGCUGUUUCUAGUUUAAUAAAACCGUCGUCUUGAUACAGGAAUAAGGUCGUUGUUUGUGAGCGGCAACGGAUGCUGGCCUACGACGUUACAGGGCAAUGUUUUGAACAUUUGACGGUAGUUAGAUAAAUUUUGUACAAUACGAUCGCACGUUCGCCUUAUUCUUGUACGAGAAUGUUAGUGUGUCGCCAACUGUCUUGUGAGUAAGUGGAAAGCGUUUUUAAUGUUGUAACCGGUGUUAGUAAUGUUAUCGAGUAGUUGAUGCUAGUUUCGGUUAAUUGUUUCGGUACUAAUGGUUUCUUUUGUUAACGUUUUUGGCACUGUAUUAAUUACCUUCUGACAAAAAAUAUAUAAUGAAUUAAAAAUAAAA